AUGGAAGGGGAUUUCUCAGUUCAUAGGUGCUAUGAAAUGCAGUUAAAUGACGAUGUUGAAGUGAGUUUCAAUAAAUUUAUGUGGAAACAAUUUAUUCCUACUAAGGUUAGUUUCAUGCUGUGGGCAACAUUUCAUAAUUCUCUUCCAACAAAGGAUAUGUUGCAGCAUAGAGGGAUGGAGGUUCAAGAUAGCUUGUGUGUCUUGUGUAAGGAAUGUGAUGAAUCUGCAGAUCAUAUCUUCUUACACUGUUCUUAUACUUUUGGUAUAUGGUCUCACUUUAUGAAGGCUUUUGGUAUUAGUUGGGUUAGCCCUACUAAUUUGUUGCAGUGUUUUGAAGCUUGGAGGCUUAAUGCUCUUACAGGGAGAAGUAAGAAGAUCUGGUGGAACAUUGUGUAUGUUGUUCCUUGGCAUAUUUGGUUGGAAAGAAAUAGUAGAACUUUUGGAGGAAGAGCAAAAGAGGAGGAGGAGUUGAUUCUGUUAAUCAAACAAACUUUAGCACUUUGA